GUUCACAAUAUUUGAACAAAGUCCAAGUCUUAAAGACGUUACUAUCCACUUGCUUAAGUUUCCAUAUCAUCUUACAUUCUUACUACUUGUACGUGUUGUACCCAUAUAUUGGUAUAUACUUCUAUAUACACAACUUUGUGGUAUGACAUAAGUAGAUUAAACUGACAAUUUAAAGUUGUAACAAAGUGAUGGAGAUGGAAAAGAGGUUGUAUGAAGAUGCUCUUGAAGGAAAUGUGACAAAUUUGAAAGUAUUAAUCCAAGAAGAUCCCUUAAUUCUUGAUAGAAUCUCCAAAACAUUCUUCCAAGAUACCCCUUUACACAUUGCAAUCCUACGUGGCCACCUCGACUUUGCACGAGUUGUACUGAGUCACAAUCCUCGACUCGCCACUGAGUCGGACUCACUCGGUCACUUGCCCCUCCACGUCGCUUCCGCCAAAGGACACGUGGAGAUCAUCCGUGAGUUGGUCCGAGUUGACCCGGGUGCGUGCCUUGCACGUAGCAAGGACGGGAGAUUGCCACUUCACUUGGCAAUAGUGAAAGGGGUCCGAGUUGAGGUGGUGACCGAGUUGGCUCGUGCAUGUACUGAGUCAACUCGGUUGAGACUCGAUGGAGGAGAUACUGUUUUGCACUUGUGUGUUAAGUGUGAUAACUUGGAUGCAUUUCAAGUGUUGGUGAAGGUGUUGAAGGGUGAAGAUAAUAAUAGUAUUAGCAGCUUAUUCAAUGCAAGAAAUGAUGAUGGAAAUACUGUUUUGCAUUUGGCUGCACUAUACAAGCAUUUGGAGAUCACAAAAUACUUGCUAGCAACACCAAACAUGGACCUAAAUGCAGAGAACAACAAUGGUCUUACAGCCUUAGAUUUGGUUGAAAAUUCUCCUAAAGACUUGAAAGCACUUGAGCUACUCAACAUCCUCCUGCAAUCGAAUGUUCGACGAUCAACAUUAUCCAACAAUCAUUCCCCUCUCCCACCCACAAACAUUCAACCAUCAAAAUUUAGUACCCAAGAAAUCAGUACUCUUACACCAAAUAAUCCUAGACAACCAAAGCCCAAAAGGUCAUGGAAGAAGUUUUUCACCUUCACUGAUAAUAACAUUAAGCAUUUAGAAGAUAUGAAAGGUGAAAUUUUAAUUACUGCAGCUAUUAUAGCCUUGAUAAAUGCAUUGCCCAUCAUUUACUUGAAGGUAAAUGGUCCAGAUAUACCGGAUCAGUUUUCCAUCAACUCAGGUUCAUUUGUGCCUGCUGUUACCAUUAUACUGUUAUUGUUGGCUGGUUUACCCUUAAGCAACAAGUUUUGUGCUUGGCUUGUGAUACAGUUGAUGUACUCUGCAGUCGGAUUUAUGGGUUUGAAUUAUAUAGGACAAAUGAUCUCAACUGAAAGUCGAUACUCGUAUUUGGAUUUUGCUGUUUAUUUUAUGCUGGUCUGGUUUGUGUUGCUGAGUAUACUCAGUGCUCUUAAUGUCAUCCGUUUGAUUGUGUUGGUGGUGAAGAGCAUAAAAAGGUGUGUGAAGCGAAGAAAGUUGCGUGGUAGAAGAGAUAGUAAUGCUCUAUCUAAUGCUUAAUGUUUUCUGCUGGAGUUUGAGUUUUCUCUCUAUGUUUGGUGUAUCAUAGCUCAAAUAUUUUCAUUUGUUUGAUGUAGAACAUGUAAGUAGUCUAUGUAUGUAACUCAACAAAAUGUUUCAAGUCAUGUAUGAUUAUGAAGAAAUUUGGAUUUCUUACACUAAAAGAUGAUGAUUUGGUUGCAAGAGUGAAUUAAACAAAAGCAACAUAUAGAAUUAAUGAUUAUGUAUGUAACGAAUGAAUGAAAAAAUCAAUUAAGGCUAA